AUGGUGCAACCACAUAUUGCGGUGAGUACUGAAAGAAUCACCAAUCCACCUGCCACAGUUGCACAAAAUAUGUCGUCGACGUCGGAGAACUUUCUGGGCUCUGAUCUUUGGAAGCAACCAAAUAGUGAGAAUUACCAAAAAUGCAUUAACCGGACGAAGGCAGAAAAGAGAAAAGGAGUUGCUAAUGCCACAGAUGGUUAUAUCCUGGCUAAUGCCAACGGGGGUUUGAAUCAAAUGAAACUUGGGAUAAGUGACGUGGUUGCAGUAGCAAAACUUAUGAAUGCUACUUUGAUUUUGCCUUCAUUAGAUCACACAUCCUAUUGGAACGAUUUCAGUGGUUUUAAAGAUAUCUUCGACUGGAAGAAUUUCAUUGAAGUCUUAAAGGGUGAUAUAAGAAUUGAAGAGUCACUUCCCUUAGAAUUACAAUCAGUCACUCCCUUUCGUCUAAAUCCAAAUUCUUGGUCAAGGCUCAGUUAUUAUAGAGGUGAAAUGCGUAAAAAACUAAAGAAAUACAAGGUGAUUGAGUUCAUGCGCACAGAUUCCCGACUAGCAAAUAAUGUGAAUGGCGUGACUCAAAGGCUUCGUUGUCGAGCAAUGUACGAGGCAUUAAGGUUCAGAAAAGAAAUUGAACAGCUUGGGAAGACACUGGUUAACAGAUUGAGGAACAAUAGAACAAAUCCCUUCAUAGCUCUUCACUUAAGAUAUGAGAAGGAUAUGCUUGCUUUCACGGGCUGCAGUUACAAUUUAAGCAAAGCUGAGCAUGAAGAGUUGAAACAAAUGAGGUACAACAUUGAACACUGGAAGGAAAAAAAGAUCAACCCGAUAGAGCAACGACUUCAUGGGAACUGUCCGAUGACACCGAGAGAGGUCGCUGUGUUUCUCGAGGCACUGGGAUAUCCUUCGAACACAAAGAUUUACGUUGUCGGAGGAAAAAUUUACGGCCAACGAGGGAUGAGAGAUCUUGAAGACAAGUAUCCUAACCUAUACAACAAACACAAUUUAGCAACAGAAGAGGAGUUAAAGCCUUUUGAAAAUGCUCAAAAUCAGCUUGCAGCUAUGGACUAUAUUGUGGCACUAGAGAGCGAUGUUUUCGUCUACUCUUAUCCCGGAAAUAUGGCUAGAGCAUUGCAAGGGCAUAGGACUUUCGAAGGUUUUCGCAAAACAAUUAUCCCAGACAGGAAAAAUUUUGUGAAAUUGAUUGAUAAAUUGGACGAGAAUAUCAUUACUUGGGAAGAAUUUUCUUCCUCCGUUAAGAGCCUCCAUGCAAAUAGGAUUGGAGCACCAUCUGUGAGAAGCCAGAAACCCCGGCAACCGCAAAAGUUGGAAGAGAACUUCUACUCAAAUCCUCUUGCUGGUUGUAUGUGUAAGAAAUCCAAUGAAAACAAAGCUGAUCAAUAG